GCUGCGGGGCGGAGCGGGCCGCGCCGUGCCGAGCCGAGCUGUGCCGAGUCUUGCCGAGCCGGGCCGGGCCCUCCCUCGGCGCCGGAGCUGCGGGGCCGGGCCGAGCGGAGCCGAACCGGGCCGAGCGGAGCCGAACAGAGCCGAACCGAGCCACUUCGUUUCCCGCGGCGUUCCCCUCUCCCCCGCAACUUCCCGGGUCACCUCCGUGCCCGGUGGGCGCCCGUGUCCCACCCCCCAGCCCCGGUGCACCAUGGCGUCCCGCAUCGGGCUGCGGAUGGAGCUGAUGAAGCAGCAAGCGCAGCAGGAGGCCGAGCGGGAACGCGUGCAGCAGCAGAUGAUGAUGAACUACAUGCAGCAGCAACGGAUGCCGGUGGCCUCCACCCCCGCCAUCAACACCCCCGUCCACUACCAGUCCCCACCGCCCGUGCCCGGAGAGGUCCUCAAGGUUCAGUCCUACCUGGAGAACCCCACCACGUACCACCUGCAGAAAUCACGGGACAAGAAGGUUCAGGCUUAUCUCUCGGAAACCUACGGGAACAAGUUUGCUGCCCAUGUCAGCCCCGUCAGCCACUCUCCCAAGCCGCCCCCCGCCGCGUCCCCCGGCGUCCGACCCAGCCACGUCAUGUCCUCCUCGGCGGGCAACAGUGCGCCCAACAGCCCCAUGGCCAUGCUCAACAUCGGCUCCAACCCCGAGCGGGAGUUCGACGAGGUCAUCGAUGACAUCAUGCGCCUGGAUGACGUUUUGGGCUACAUGAACCCUGAAGUCCACAUGCCCAACACACUGCCGAUGUCCAGCAGUCACAUGAAUGUCUAUAGUGGGGACCCCCAGGUGACAGCCUCUCUCGUAGGUGUCACCAGCAGCUCCUGCCCCGCUGACCUCACCCAGAAGAGAGAGCUGACAGAUGCUGAGAGCCGAGCCCUGGCGAAAGAGCGCCAGAAGAAAGACAAUCACAACCUGAUUGAGAGACGGCGAAGGUUUAACAUCAACGACCGCAUCAAAGAGUUGGGGAUGCUGAUCCCCAAGGCCAACGACCUGGAUGUGCGCUGGAACAAAGGGACAAUCCUGAAGGCGUCUGUAGACUACAUCAAGAGGAUGCAGAAGGACUUGCAGAGGUCACGAGACCUGGAGAAUCACUCGCGGCGUCUGGAGAUGACGAAUAAGCAGCUGCUGCUCCGCAUCCAGGAGCUGGAGAUGCAGGCACGCGUCCACGGGCUGCCCAUCUCCUCGCCCUCGGGCGUCAACGUGGCCGAACUGGCUCAGCAAGUGGUCAAGCAAGAAGCCAGCGGGGACGAAGGGACGCUGGAGCCACUGCUGCCACCCCCGGACCCCGAAUCGCAGCCGCAGCCGGCGUUGCCUCCACCACCCCAGUCUCCCUACCACCAGCUGGACUUUACCCACAGCCUGAGUUUCGACGACGGUUCCCGGGGCUUCCCGGACAGCCUGGAGCCAGGCCACAGUGCUUCCUUCCCAUCCCUAUCCAAGAAGGAGCUGGACUUGAUGUUGAUGCAGGACACCAUGCUGCCCUUGGCCUCCGACCCCUUGUUCUCAGCCAUGUCCCCGGAGGCCUCCAAGGCCAGCAGUCGCCGGAGCAGCUUCAGCAUGGAGGAUGCAGACAUGCUGUGACGAGGAGCUGCUCCAAUGCUGGGGGCGAGGACUGGACCUUCGAGUUUGGUUAGUGAAGUUACAGGGCACUCUUCUCGCAGGAGGAGCCCGUCCUGCCGCGCACUUGAAUCUACGUAGGCGUACCUUUUCUCUAUGCAACGGGGGUCUCGGGUCAAGGCUCGCCGGGUUCCGCCGUGUCUUUCGCAAGCUUUUUUUUUUUUUUGCCGGGAGCUGGAGCGGACCUUCUUGGCUUGCCGUGGCGUUGGCCUGCCUGCAGAUUCCCCAGCCUGGGAGUGUGAUCUCAGCUGCUUUGCCUUUCAGCGAAACCCUCCCGGACCGAACCCCUUCCCCAGGGUGCUGGCUCGAAGCCGGAGCUGGCAGGAGCCUUCGAGUCCCUGGGAGGAGAGGGACGAUGCUCAGAGCUUUUUGUCUGCCUUGCUGCCUCCUUGCCAUCUCGCUCCGGGAGCCCGCGUCUCCACGGAGUCUUCCCCAGCGGUGGCCUCUGAGCCCCGCGGAUGCUUCACGGUGCCACGUCCUUCACGGUUCCUCCUUCCUCGGAGCACCCGCUGCCUCGCCGGGUUGCAGGGCCGGAGGGAGAAGAGGUGUUAAUCGGGGCACAUUAAUUCACGGGGCACAAGGGGAUGUUGUCGGAGUGAGCUGGGUCUGAGGCCGCAAAUUCGAAUUGAUCUUGAAGCCUUCCAAAACAGCUGGGAUGGGGUGUUUGAUGCUUGGUCAACCCCCUGCUGUGACCCCCCCACCUUGCAGGGGGACCUCCCGUUGGGGUUUGGCAGCACCCAGCACCCUAAAACCUCACUGGCCUCUGGACAAGGGCUUCAUGGUGCCGGGUGACCUUCAGCCUUCCUCGAGACAUCCCUGCAGAGGUGCCUCUGCCCUGUAACACCAAGCCCUGGCUCUUCGGGUGGAAAGAUGGAAGAUUUUUACACUUUUUUUGGGGAUACUUGUUGAAAGAGGAUGUUCUGCCCCACAUCUGGGUGUGGAGAUCUGGGCUGUGUCUGGGGACCAGGGGCUGGUUUGAACAAAUUGCCAAUCCUGAGCUGCUGCUCUGCCUAUGGCUCGCGGGUUUUAUUUGUCUUCCCAGUGUCGCCAGCUCAUUCCCCAGCUGGGACGGCUCGGUGAUGGGGAGCUGCUUUGGGAAUCUUCUGCCUCCUCAGCCUGGCUGGUGGCAGGGAGGGAGCUGGGCAGGGGAGGGGGGACGCUAUUCACAGGGAAAAUACCGCACAAAUGUAAUGUAAAGCCCAAAGGGGGGAGCAUAGAGAAGGCUGGGGAGAGGAGACCCCUUUGCGAUCCCACGCUAUAGCACAGCAUCACCCCCCUCAGCCGUGGGAGCUGUGGCUGGGUGGAUGCCCACACGGGGAUGAGGGUCACUGUGUGCACCCCAUCCUGGACCAAGGAUGGGGGAUGUCAUGGGGUCGGGACUGUGAGGGGAAAGCCCAGCCAAGGGGAGACAAGCUUGCUCCAUCGUGGCUGGAUUUGGGCUUGUGAGGUGGGGGACAGCCCUGGAGAGGUGCCUGUUGGAUGUGAGGGUACGGGGAAGUGCAGAAGGUGGGGAGGAGAGGGGGAAAGGAAGAAGGAGGAUAUGUUGGAGGUGCCCUGGGGCAGGGUCUGGCCACUGCCUGGCAGGGAGGGGAGCAGAGGGGAUGUCGGGGUGCUGGGCGAGGGGCACUGGGCCGUGUCCUGGUGGGUUUGGGGCUGUUUCCCCCCAUGUGUUCACGGGAGGCCUUGGCAUCCUUCGUGCACUGCCGUUAGUGCCUGUAAAAAAGGAUAAUCCCCCCUGGCAGGGCGGCAGCACGCCGUAUGGUGAGUACCUGUAGGCGUGGGUGGUCUGUGGGUCAGCGGACACAAGAGGGUCUACGUGGGUGCUUCAGGGUGGGCAUACGAAAUCCCCGGUCGCUUGGGAUUCUUGUGGCUGGUUCUGCUGGGCCCCCGUGGGUGGGAGACGGGGCUGGCUGGGGUGCACCCUGCCCUGGGCACCGACGGGCAGAGGAGCAUCCACUGCUCAGCACGAGACGUGGCGUAUCCCCCAGCCGUGAGUAAACAGUUGUGGAUUAUUUUUUUUUUUUUAAUUUUUGGGGGGGUUUGUUUGUUUUCUUUUUUUAAUGCACUGUGCUCUGAUUAAAAAAUUUUACUACUGUUUUAUAAAUAAAUGUAUAAAAGAAUGAACUGGAAUGGAAGAAGAAUCAUUAAAAUAUAUUUAUUUACAACA